AUGGCAAGUAGUAGUGGACCGAGUGGAGCUAGUGUGCCUAGUGGUCUUGAUGUGGCAUGGAAAUAUGCUUGUCCAAUAGAAGGCAAUAAGCAUGGCACCAUAUGCACAUUUUGUGAAUCCACAUUUAAAAGUGGUGGAAUUACACGUGUAAAGAAGUGCAAAGAAGUACCACCAGAUAUUAAGAAGGAGGUAAUUGCAUGGAUAAAAGAGAAAGAGUCUAGCAAACAACAUAAGAAAUCUGUUGAAGAAAACAUAAGAUCUACAGCAAGAGAGGGAUACAUGGGCAAUAAAAGUAGCAAUCCUGUUGAUGAUGAAGAUGACGAUGAUGACGAUGGAUAUGCAUAUCCUCCAGACAUGCACCCUGCGGAGAAAGAAGAUUACCUUGCUGCCAUUAGAGCGUCGAAGCAAGAACGGUUUAGACAAAGAGGAGUUUAUGGAAUGGGGAGCAAACGAUUUGCAGGGGGAGCAAGUGGUAGUAGUCAACCGCAAUACCGUCGCACUCAAAGCCUUCGAGACCCACUUCCAUCUCCUCCGGUACCAAUGCCACACAAGAACACUAGAGCAAAACAGAGAACAAUCAAAGGUAGGAUUAGAAACUCAGCAGAGGUACUUGGAAGAUACUGCAGCAAAUUCUUCAUACUUGAGAAUGUGGCUCCUCAAAAAGCAAGUUCCCCUCAUUUCAAGAAUAUGAUUGCUGCAGCCCAACAAGCAGGUCAAGGAGUAGCCACACCAUCACCGUAUGAAAUAAAGCAUAAGUACUUAGAUAUGAAACACACAAACAUGCAAGCCUAUGUGGAAAAGGUAAAGGAAGAUUGGGGCGUGUAUGGAUGCACCAUCAUGAGUGAUGGAUGGACUGGCCCCACGAGGUUGUCCAUAAUAAAUUUCAUGGUCUACUCAAACGGGAAAACAAUUUUUUUGAAAUCAGUGGAUGCUUCAAAUAAAACCAAGGAUGCAAAGUACAUUGCCAAAUUGUUGAAGGAUGUCAUAAAAGAGGUUGGGCCGUCAAAUGUUGUUCAUACUGUCACCGACAAUGGUUCAGCCUUUGUUAAGGUUGGAAAGAUGAUGAUGGAGCGGUACCCUAUUUAUUGGACUCCUUGUGCUGCACAUUGCAUUGAUUUAAUAUUUGAAGAUAUUAGGAAGCAAGAGUCGGUGGCUAAUGUCAUAAAUAAGGCUAGGAAAUUAACCAACUACAUUUACAAUCAUAGUUGGCUAUUGGCUCAGAUGAGGAUCUUCUGUCAAGGAGAUUUGGUCCGACCUGGUGCAACUCGAUUUGCGACAAACUACAUCACCAUCAAUAGCAUCUUAAAUAAGAAAGUUGGGUUGAAGCAAAUUUUUACAAGUGAGGAAUGGUAUAAUAGUCGAUUUAGUGAAUCAGAAGAGGGGAAGAGAAUUGAAAGUCGAGUCCUUGAUCAUAGAUUCUGGGAUGCCAUGGAAGGAGUGCAAUCCAUCUAUGAGCCUUUAGAAGAUUCUAAGUUGAAGGGAAAAAAAUGGCUUCUCAAAAUCAUCAAUCACAGAUGGGAUGUCACAUUAUCUCGUCUAUUACAUCAAGCUGCCCACUACUUGAACCCUAGAUAUCAAUAUGAAACAGGGGUUGGCCACAAUAAAGAGUUACUUUCAGGACUCCAACGCGUAUUUGAAAGGUUGAAUCCAACUGGGGAUAGAGGUUUGCAAGCAUUUGGGGCUGAGGUGAUAAAUUUUAGAGACUGUAGAAAGACAUUUCGCACUGAGAUGGCAGUCAAAUCAAGAAAAUCGAUCCCCCCGGCAGAAUGGUGGAAUCUUCAUGGUGAUUCUGCCCCGAACUUGCAAAAAAUUGCUAUGCGUAUAUUGUCACAGACAGCAUCAUCAUCGGCAUGUGAGCGAAAUUGGAGUACAUUUGCUCUUAUUCACACGAAACAAAGGAACCGUCUCACAUGUACUAGGCUGGAAAAGAUUGUCUUUUGCUAUUAUAAUAUGAAACUUAAGCUACGUGAUGAAGAGGCCGAAAUGAACAAGGUUGCAGAAAAUGACUACAUAGACCUUCUUGACAUUGCAGGGCAACCAUUUGAUGAUGAUAAUAAUCCAAUUCAACAAUGGAUUAUGAUAGCUCACUUGGAUGAUGAACAAGGCAACCCUGAUGCCGUUAUAGCACAACGUGCUGCCCAAGAAGGAGUUGAUGUUGAUAGAGUCAUAUCUGAAGAUGUUAGGAGUGGAGAUACUUCAUCAUUUGAAAGGGAUAUGCUUGGACCUAGGCAAGGUCAAAGACGUCCCUUGAGAGACGAUGCUAGUGCUAGUAGAAUGGAAAGUUCAUCCAAUUCGUCAGAUAAUGAUGGAGGAAGUAAUGCUGGAUCAGGAGGUAAUGAAGAAGGAAGACAAUACAACCCAUUUACUGUUGAGGCUGAUUUUACUCAUGCCACCCAAGAUGAGGAUCAUGGAUGUAGAGAAGCUGGACCAGGCAUUGGCGCAAUUGGGAAGCAAUACUCAAAGAAAAGAAGCCAACCAAUCAAUCCAUCUGAAGAGGACAUGGCGAUCAGUUUUGGAUCUAUGAGCAUAGGAACUAGACCUAGUACUAACUCAAAUGAAUCUUAUGAUGGCUAUGGUUAUGUCAUGUCUGAUUAUAGUGGAACUAGAUAUGGAGCUCAAGAUGAGGAAACAGAUUAUGGACCUACUAGUUGGGUUAAUCCUAACUAUCCCAUAUAUGGGAGGAUAGUAGGGAGCUCAAGAGAGACAUAUAUGCACCAUGUUCAAACAUGGCUUACAAACUACUCGGGUUACAUGACUCGGUAUGAUUAUUGUAUGAACCUAGAUGGUUGUUCCUUAUUGUUUGAACCUCCCAUAUAUGUAGUUGGACACUCAUCUAAAUUGUAA